AAGGUACCUAGAAUGAGCAUGAGAAUGGCUGUACCGUCACUGUGUGCUGUGUGAGCUGUGUGUGCUGUGUGAGCUGUGUGUGCUGUGUGAGCUGUGUGUGCUGUGUGUCCUGUGUGUGCUAUGUGUCCUGUGGGAGCUGUGUGUGCUGUGUGUCCUGUGUGUGCUGUGUGCCCUGUGGGAGCUGUGUGAGCUGUGUGUGCUGUGUGUCCUGUGGGAGCUGUGUGUGCUGUGUGUGCUGUGUGAGCUGUGUGUGCUGUGUGUCCUGUGGGAGCUGUGUGUGCUGUGUGAGCUGUGUGAGCUGUGUGUGCUGUGGGAGCUAUGUGAGCUGUGUGUGCUGUGUGAGCUGUGUGUGUUGUGUGAGCUGUGUGUGCUGUGUGAGCUGUGUGUGCUGUGGGAGCUGUGUGAGCUGUUUGUGCUGUGGGAGCUGUGGGAGCUGUGUGUGCUGUGUGAGCAUGCAGCAUCCUGAACCCAGUGUUAUCCAGAAAUCUCAGUCACCAUUGAAUGUGUUCAGUUCUGCAGGAUUCUAUCAGAUAAAGGAGCAGUUCAAUGCAGAGCUAUCAUAUUAUCCCAAACAAAAGGCCCUUUCACGGGUAGAUAAACUCUAUAUGGAAUAAGUUCUGCUUUCACUAAUCUCGCUCUUGACCUUACAGCUAUUUCAAGACUUGUUGACUGUAUUAACGGCAACAAUUUGAACAUAAAUAUGCAUCACACCUCCACUUAAACAAGCAACUUAGCCCGAUAUUGUGUGAAAGGAGUGACUGUACAGAGGAAGGACGGCUGGUCUCAAGAGUCAGCGUGUGAGCUAAUCUGAAAGGGUGGAGAUUACAUUGUCGGGGAAAUGGAGAGGCAGUAAACAGGCCCCUUGCAUGCAUGACCCAGGGCUCGUCCCACUCGGCGCACCUCACUAGCUCAGUAGAGACAUGGGAAACCUCAUCAGUCGGCCCAGCUGUCUGGGUCAGAAGUCCAAGCAGGUCAAAUCUGAGGAGCUAGACCAACCAAAGCACAGGAAGGAGCAUCUGCCCAAGAAGGAGCCCCAAGAGCCAAACACGCCAGCCACACAGAGCCCAAUCUUAGAAAGGCCACAGAGCACUUCUUUGCCCUUGAGCAAUACCCGGCCAGGUACCCCUUCCCCAGCCAAAACAUCUCUCAACGGGACCCUGACUAAGGGGACUACAACUGGGCUCAGAAGGGCACCCCCAGGACAGCAGGUGAAGGGGAUUGAGGAGAGGCCACUGGUUUUCCAAAGAAGGAACUCUGGAAGUCCCUGGUCAUGGAGAACGCUCUCUUCUCGGGAGGUGACGGAGGUAACGGAGGUGACGGAGACCAUCGUGACAGAGAUUGUGGAGGUGACCGAGUUUCCAUCCGGGGACAAAGGGGGCGACCCGGUGGUCACCAGGACUGUACGCGUCCUUACCGGAGCGGCUGAGGAACUUACUGAGCUACAAAGUGACGGACACUCCAGCUCAGACCAGGAAUCUAGUGUGGACAGAUGGACUGCUCUUAACAAGAAGAGUUUGCAGGUCUUGGCUGCCAAAGAUGACGCCGAGGACUCGGAGACCUUUCAUCAGGCCCUUGAGGCAUUGCUAACAUGGGUGUCUGAGAUAGAAGAGCUGAUAGCCAAUCAGAAGCCGCCUUCUUCAGAGGUUAAGGUGUUGAAGGCACAGCUUCAGGAGCAGAAGCUCUUACAGCGCCUCCUAGAGGACAGGAGGCCCAGCGUGGAAUCAAUGGUGAAACAGGGGCCACAACUAGCCAAGGUAUUCCAGAGUACGGGGAGGGAGUCAGCAGCAAGUCAGAUAUGCAGCCUGCAGGAAAAAUGGAAGGCGUUACUCCAACACGCAGAGAGCAGGCGAGGGGGCCUGGAGCAGAUCCUGCCAAGAGCACAGCGGUUCCAGGAGAGCACAGACACCUUCCAGCACUGGCUCAUGGCCGCCGAGCAGAGCCUGUCAGAACUACGCUCCGCCGAGAGGGGGAUGGGCCGCAUCCCGGAGGCUGCUGCACGUGCCAAGGCUACGAUUGAAGAAAUAAAAUGUAAGGGGGCUGACCUUGAGGACGUUCGACAGAGAGGCCACGAGCUCAUGGAAAAGAUUUCAGAGGAGGAGUCCCAGUUAGUCCAAGAGAAGGCCGACAGCCUGAGAGUCAGGUACUCAGUGCUCAGCCUGAGUGGGGCAGACGUCUUGCAGCGCCUGGAACAGGCCCUGGAGGCUUCUCAGCGCUGCACCUCCAGCCAGGAGGAGCUGCAUCUGUGGCUGGGGAGGAUCGAGCGUGAGCUGCUGGGUGUGGGGAGCCAGCCCCCGCCUGGGGAGGGCGUCCUCUGUGCCACUGAAAGGCUUCGGCUGGAGCAGGCGGUGGAGAAGGAGCUGCUCUGGUUUGAGGACACCGCCCGCAAGCUGGAGGAGCUGAGCAACAUCAGCCUCGAUCCCGACGUCAUCUGCACUCAGCUGUAUGACCAAAAGAUUCUCGCCGUGGAGAUAAUGCAGCACAGAUUUAACAUCGAGAAGAUGACGAAGGUCUUGGAAAUCCUGCAGAGCUACAGCGAAGAGGGUGAAAACGAGAACCUACAGUCACAGCUUGACACUCUGCAGGAGAAGUGCCAGGCCGUAUCGACCACACGCUCGCACGAGGUGCUGCAGUUAGAGCACGCUCAGGCGCUCCUUCUCCAGUUCUCCGAGAGCUACGCGGAGGUGUCGCCGUGGUUACAGGAGACCCAGGAUCUGGUCGGCCAGCUCUCGCUGGAGGCGACCAGCUAUGAGGCUUUCCGGGAACAACAGGAGCGCCUACAGGGUCUGAGGGAGUCCAUAGCGGAGCACAAGCCCUUGAUCUCACGGCUCUGCUCAGUGAGCCGUCGGCUGUCCGAGCUCAGCCCCACCCAGGGAGAGGAGUUCCGGCAGCGGGCCGCGGACACGGAGGAGAGGCACAGCGCCAUCAGGGAUCGGGUACGGGAGGUGGCCAGCCUGCUGGAGGAGUCUCUGCCUCGCUACACACAGCUCAGCGAGAGGAUGUCCCAGCUGGGCGAGAGCCUGGAGCGUCUGCGCAGCCGGCUGCAAUCGCCCGUGACUCUGCGCGGUCAGACGUCUCGUAUUCAGGAGCAGCUCCAGGAGAGUCGGAUCACGCUGGCCGAGCUGGGCAAAAUGGGGCAGGCGCUGGGCAAUAUUGAAGUGCAGGCACGCGAGCUCCUGGCCAGCGCCAAACCCACCGGGGACAGUGCCAUCUGCAUGGCCAUCCAAGAGCAGGUGAGCGACCUAGGACAGCAUUUGCAGGAGGUGCAGGCCCAGGCUCAGGAGAGGGACAAGUGGCUCCAUCAACUCUUGGACCUGGCUGCCAAGUACUGGGGGGACGUGAACGACCUGACAGGCGUGCUGAACGACACGCAGCAGGCCAUCCUGGACCUGAACGGGAACGGCUCUGACCCGGUGACCAUCCAGCAGAGUCUGGAGAGCAUGCAGGCCCUCAGGGACGACAUCGACAGCCUGCAGGGAGACCUUGACUCACUGGGAAUUCUGGGAAUGGAUCUGAUGUCAGCGUGUGGGGACAUUGACAAGCCAGACGUCACUAAGUGUUUAGAUGAGCUUUAUGGUACAUGGAACAACCUGAGCAAGCUGUGGACAGAGUGUCAUAGCAAGCUGGAGAACUCCCAGCAGGUGGCGCUACACUACCAGGACACCAUGCAGGGACUGUUUGAGUGGCUCAGAUCGGCUGAGUUGAAGUCCACGGAAAAGUUUUUGGUAGAGACUGACUUGGAGGCUGUGAAACAGCAACUGUGUGACUUAAAGGCAUUUAAACGGGAGCUGUACCAAAAGAAGAUCGAGAUGGAGAGCCUCAACCACCGCUUUGUCUACCGUCUCCCACUGGACCACGAGACGGCCGGCCUCACAUCGCCUCUGGAGGACUUUCGCCGACGUUGGGAUGGCCUGGAGGGGGAAACAGUGAGCAGACAGCACCAGCUGGAGUGUGCUCUCCUAGGCCUGGGUCAGUUCCAGAACACGCUGGAUGAGCUACAUACCUGGCUUUCCCACACAGCGGACCUUCUGCAGGGACCCCGUCCAAUCAGCAUCGACCUGCAGAUCUGUGAGAUCGAGUUAGCCAAGCAUAAGGUUCUCCGGAAUGAUGUGAUGUCACACGUGCGGACAGUGGAGUCCCUGAAUCGGGUGGGCAGGGAGCUUUUGGAGGCUGGCUCUGGUGAUAGCCCUCAUGGUCUUCAGGCCAAGCUAGAACAACUCAAUGAACGCUGGGAGUAUGUGCGCUGUGAGACCGAGAGGAGACAGCUAGAGUUGGAGAACAACCUGAGUCAGGUCCAAGAUGUUACAAUGGAGAUCCAGGACCUGCUGCAGUGGCUGGAGAACACAGAGUUGAGGAUGUCAUCAUCCAGGCUGGUGUGGGGGCUUCCUGAGACAGCCAAUGAGAGGCUCAAUGCACAUCUGGAACUGUGCAAGGAGAUGGAGUCCAAGCGACAGACCUAUGACAAUGUGAGGGACACCAUCCACCGGCUUCUGGAGAACCACGAUGUUGCCCGAGGUUCCAGCACAGAGCACAGUCUGUGCAUACUGGAGCAGAAGUGGGAGACUGUCUACAGCAAAGUGCAAGAGAGAAAGGCUAAGUUGACUGAGGGACUGAGUCUGGCGAAGGAGUUUCAUAGCACCGUCCAGGACUUGCUGACCAAGAUGGCGCAAUGUGAGGAGGCCAUCAGUGCUCUGCAGACACCCAGCUUCCUCCUGGACGCAGUCUGUGCUCAGCUGCAGGACCACAGGAUGUUGGUGAGUGAGGUGCAGGCUUACGGCGAGAAGAAAGCCACAGUGGAGAGUGCAGCUUUACGGCUGAAGGAGCUCAGCAGGAAGGAGGAGGGUAACGUGGUGCAGAACUUGGUGAUGACUGUACAGGCCCGCUAUGAGAAGCUCCAGCAGCGUGUGGCUGAGAGGGCCGCCUCGCUGGAGGAGGUCAAGAAGCAAGCCAAGCAGUUCAAUGAGUCAUGGCGCCUCCUGGUGGACUGGAUGGUGGAAGUGGAGCAGACAUUGGAUACACAUAAAGAGAUCGCCGUGUCCCAUGAAGAGAUAAAGCAGCAGCUGACAGAGCAGAAGGAAUUCCAGAAGCUUCUGAGGCUUAAGAGGCCCAUGUAUGAGGCCACCAUGAAGAGGGGAAGGGCUCUGCUCGAGAAAUCCCAAAGCCCUGAGGACAAACAGCAGCUGGCAGACCUUGUGUCUGAGCUCCGAGACUCAUGGGAUACCAUCAAUGGAAAGUCUAUGGAGAGGCAACACAAACUGGAAGAAGCAUUAUUGUUUUCAGGCAGAUUCACAGACGCUCUUCAGGCGCUGAUGGACUGGUUGUUUAGGGCUGAGCCACAGCUGGCCGAGGACAUGCCUGUUGGAGGAGAAAAGGACCUGGUCACCAAUCUUAUAGACAAACAUAAGGUGUUUCAGAAGGAGCUGGGCAAGAGAGCGGGAUGUAUUAAGACUUUGAAGCGUUCUGUGCGGGACCUGACUAAAAGCAGCAUGGCGGACAGCCGUUGGCUACUUGAGCAAAUGGAGGAGCUUGAUGGGCGUUGGGAGACAAUUUGCAAGCUGUCCGUAUCCAAGCAGGCAAGGUUGGAGGACGCCCUCCGACAGGCAGAGGAGUUUGACCGCUUGGUGCACUCCUUUCUGGAGCGUCUCUCCGACGUGGAGAGGACUUUGAAGUACGGGCCCAUCCCGGAGGAAGAGGAAGCCUUGCUGAUGUUCCACAAGCAGCACCAGGAGUCGAUGAACUCACUGCAGUGCCAGGAGAUGGAGCUCGAUAGCAUCCGUGCCCUUGGGGAGGAGAUCCUCUCAGCCUGCCAUCCUGACUCUGUCAUUACUAUCAAAUCCUGGAUCAGUGUCACUAAAACCCGCCUGGAAGAGGUGCAAGCUUGGGCUCAGCAGCAGGGAGAACGAAUCCGAAGCGGCUUGUCGACGCUGGAGGCUGAGCGGGAGGAGGUGCAGCGGUUGCUUGACUGGAUCUCCGCGGCUGAGGAGUCACUGGCCCUGAGGGAUCAAGAGGGGUUUCCAGAAAGCAUGGAGGGCACCGAGGAGCUCAUAUCUCAGCAUGAGGUCUUCAUGGAUGAGCUGAAUCGAAAGGUUCCUGAGGUCGAGAGCGCCAUAAAAUCGUGCAAAAUGAAGAUGGUGCCGAAACAGCUCAUGUCCCCGAGCCGUAAAACCUCCACAAAGAGGAAGGGAACCCAGAAGCUUCAGCCCCCAACGACUUUGCCCUUGGAGAACCUGGAACCUCAAAAUGCCAACCUGGGCCAGCUGGUCAGCCACUGGAAGCAGCUGUGGCUCGUGGCGUUGGCCCGACAAAGUCGACUUCUGGAGCACCAGCAAAAGCUACGAGAGAUGGAAGCGUUCGCCAACUUUGACUUCGAGGUCUGGAGGAAGCGGUACACUCAGUGGAUCAGCCACCUGAAAUCCCGCAUCCUGGACGUCUUCCGGGGGAUUGACAAGGACCAGGAUGGCCGUAUCACUCAGAAGGCCUUCGUUAACAGUGUGCUUGCCUCCAAAUUCCCGACAAACUCUCUUGAGAUGGCUGCAGUUGCUAAUAUCUUCGACAUCAAUGGAGAUGGUUACAUUGAUUACUACGAGUUCGUAAGCACGCUCCACCCCAGCAGAGACCCAUACCGAAGGACACUGGAUGCAGACCAGAUCAAUGAAGAGGUGAGUCGGCAGGUGUCCCAGUGUAACUGCCCCAAGAGGUUCCAGGUGGAGCAGAUCAGUGCCAAUCGUUACCGGUUUGGGGACUCGCAGCAGCUGAGGAUGGUCCGGAUUCUGCGCAGCACCCUGAUGGUACGUGUCGGUGGAGGCUGGACCGCACUGGAUGAGUUCCUGGUUAAGAAUGAUCCUUGUAGAGUGAAAGGGAGAACCAACCUGAAGAUAAAGGAGAAAUACCUCACCUCUGGCUCGUUCAGCACGUCCCGCAAGGGCAACAGCACGUCCAAGCCGCUGGGCGUCAGCCGCUCCAAUUCUAGCCUGAGCCUGUACAGCACAGCCUCAGCACCCAGCAGCCCCCUCACACGCAAGUCUGUCCUGCGGAGGAGCCUCUCAGGAGAUCGCUGCAGCAGACCCAGAAGCUCCAUCGCGGCCCUGGGACCCGAGCUGCAGUUUGCUUCUCCAGGGGACGAUGGAUCUCCAUCUCCACUUGGUGGCAGUGACGAAGCAGAGAGGCCCCCUACAUGAGACCCAGGCUCGGCCCCCUUCCCUCGACCCUGGAGACCAGGUCGGAGGCAGCAUACCGAGCUCUGCGGAGCUCCGGGCCACGACGCCAGACCAGCUCACCUGGAAGUCCUUGUACAGACUGACGGCAGCCAGGACAAACGCAGGCCCCCAUGGAGAAGCCCCCUGGAAGGGGGAGGGGACUUCAACAGAGAAGGCAGCUGUUUGUAGGGGUGGGCUAGAGGGGGUGGUCUGCUACACCUCCUCUGUAACCUUGGUCCGACCGUCAGUCUGGUCUGAUGCCUCUGCUCUGACACACUGAACCUCUUUCCUGUCCGGAACUUGUUUUAGUUCUUCAGACAUUGAGUAGCCCCUGCUGGGUAACCUAAAGAGAAAUGAACAGAUUCAGUGAUAUGUGUAGCAUGUACAACAAUGGCAUGAUGUGUCUGAGCUAGAGAAUGUAUGCUUUAUAUCUAUGUAGGUGUGUAUGUGUUAUUGCGUUUAACGUGACGUGAGAAGGCGAGGUGUAUUCUGGGAAAGAGCGUCAGAACGUGUGAACAUGGUUUAGACAUCCUUGACUUCUUUUCGUCCAUGUUUGAAUCCAUCUUCGAUCGUCUUAUCCUUCAGGCUGGAGUUUUUGCAUCCAAAGUCCACCAUCGUGUGAUCCGAAUCAUUCUGUUGAUGCACGGAGUCCGCUAUUGCCUCUUGACAUGUAUACGUCUAUUUGCAUUUCCACCCGAAAUUAUCAGCACAUUUAUGUUAAACCAUCCAAGCAUGAGAUAAUGUCAACAGAUUUUUAAACACAUUUUGACUCGAUGCAGCCACAUCUGAUAGGCCUGUAACGUUUUAGGAAACUUACCUCAAGAUCUCAUAAAUAGUGAUGUUCAGGAAUGCUUAUGGGCAACACUAAUACAUGAAAGAUGAAUAAAGACUAUUUUAAGGGUUUUUUUAUUAUCUGAGGGAAAAUAAACAAGCAAACAUCCUUCUCUCAAAAUUUUUCUGGUGCUCUAGGAAUAAUAACAGUGUAAAUAUUCCUCAUUGAAAUUCAAAUGUAAUAUGAGGUCCUUCAGAGAUGAAUGAGCUGAAAGACCAAUUUCAUGGUUUGGCUUAUUAAGAAAAUAACCAUGCCAAUAAAAGAACAGGAAUACAAAGAAAUAUUGUUUUCUGUGCUAAUGCUACAGAAUUCAGUCUGAGAUCACAUAAUUAAACAGAAAGUUUUGCAGUCUGUCAGAUGGUUGCUGGCCCUUUUCAAUAAAAAUAUGCCAAGUCUUCAAAGGUCUUUAAAGGGCUAUAAUCUACACAAUACAAUUUUGACGGCAUUUAUGAAAUUUUCUGUUUCCUCCAAUGCCAUUUGGUCUGAAUGAUGCUCCUGUCAGAAAUCGAGCAUUUUCCUGCUUCCAGAAGGAAGUACGGGGCACCUGGCAACCGUUUCUAUGACGUGUUUGCCCAUAAUCCUCUAUUUCUGCUACUGCAAAGGCAACACUAGCUAGUGUAGAGCUCAGUUCUGACUCUAACCUAGUGUAAAUGUAGAGGAAUGUAACUAAUUGAUACAUGAUCAUCAGUGCAUAUGUAAAUAAAUCCUUUUGUAAUAAAAUGUAAUAAA